AUGGAUCCCAUAGUGCAAAAGCUUGAAGCUGGAAUGCUCAAACUUGGGCAGUCUAUGCGUCAAACCUUUCUGGCGAUCAUCCAAGCGAGCCAAACCGAUCCUGAGUCUUCCUAUUUGUGUGAUAUAGGUGCUUCAGAGGCUUCGCUUGCCAUAUUGCCGAAAGACCUAGCCAAUAAGUUUCCAACUUUGGCUGUCCGUGUUCACAUGCUCAUUAAGUAUCUGCAAGAUCCGACGCACUCGUCCAAAAAUCACUCAGAAUAUACGAAAGAACAGAGCCGCUUCGAGGGUCUUGCGCAUCAAUUCAUCGAUACUAUGACCUUUCUCAAACACGAGGUAUUGGAUAACCAGCGCAUCUUGCUUUCCUCGAGAAGCGAGUCACCCCUGUCCAUGGAAGAUCUUGGAUCUGAAGGCGUUCAUGCUACUGAUUGCUCUGUCUCGCCUGUACUUUCGAGCCCAGCACCUCGAAAUGACUCAGCCAAGCGGCCAGGUAUGCGCCGGGCUUCGACGUCGGAGAUUUUUUCUUCUCUCUUGCGCUUUUCACCUGUCUCUAUCAAUGAAGGAAAAAUUGAGUUGGCUGGACUCACAUCGAUGUCGUCAGAUCAUCGCGUGCCUAUUGUGGAACCGGAUUCCCCUGUCUCCGACACGUUCCUAGGCAGCGAUAUCCCUCCGGGAGACAUUGUUUUUAGUCCACAGGGUACUGUCAAGGGCGGUACUUUGGAGGCACUCGUGGUGCAGCUUACACGCCAUGAUACGUUUGACACGAAGUACACUAUGGCGUUUUUGACGACGUAUACGUCUUUCACGACGAGCGAAAGACUCAUGGAGCUUCUCAUUGACCGUUUUCACCUCCACAUGCCCGUCGGCCUUGACGAAGGCAGGCUUAAGCAAUGGGACGAGUUGAAAAAGAUCCCUGUUCAGUUGCGCACAGUGAAUGUGAUGAGACUUUGGCUCGAGUAUCAUUGUGAUGGCUUGAAGGAUGAAAAGGCGUUGGAUUUGAUAGAAGCUUUUGCGAAUCACGCGCUUAUACACCGACCCGUAAAGGGCAUGCGUGGCAUGCUUCUCCGGUUAAUUGAUCGACGCCGUCAAGGACUGGAAACGAUUCCGAGAAGAUUCUCGCGACCAAAGUCUAUGCCUCAACCGCUGUUACCUGAGGACAUGGUGAAUCCAUCUCUCUUAGGGAUCGACCCGAUCGAACUCGCCCGACAACUCACGUCGAUGGAAAGCGAUCUUUUCUUCCGCAUCCGUCCGUUGGAAUGCAUGAACAAGGCAUGGACAGGCCCUGAUGCUUCUCAAAAUGCCGGGGGUAUUGUCGAUGUGAUCUCCUUCCACAAUCGGAUUACUGAUUGGGUGUCGAAUGUUAUACUGAUGGGUGAGACUGCUGAGCAACGAGCUAUCCUCAUGUCACAUUUCAUUGCGAUUGCUCAGGAGUGUCGGCUUCUAAACAACUUUUCGACGAUGUGGGCAAUUUUCUCAGCUCUGAACUGUGCGUCGAUUUUCCGGCUGAAUGCGUCAUGGUCGCUGCUCAAUAAUAAAAGCAUGGGCAUUCUGGCAGAGCUUAACCAGAUCACACAGGCGUCGAGAAACUACCACUAUUAUCGGGAGUUGCUGUGUCGUAUAAGUCCUCCUUGUGUUCCCUUUUUUGGCCUAUAUACCAAAGACCUCACUUUUAUCGAAGACGGAAAUCCAGACCAAAUGUACUCUGAUACACGCUUAAUCAACUUUUGCAAACGUUUCCUAAUUACGGACGUUAUUGUCGAAAUACGACGCUUUCAAUCGACUCCGUACAGUCUCGCACGCGUUCCAGCGUUGAUUGACUUUCUUGAGAAACAAAUGCAAUCUGGUUGGGAUGAUGAUGAACGCUACGAUCGAAGCCUCCUGCUCGAGCCUCGAUUAUCGUCGACUCAUUCCAAGCCGCCUGUUCGACAAAACUUGAACGCUCUUGAUACCGAGGCCGAUGAACAUCUAUCCAACUUGUUACGACAGAAUGGUUUUAUCUGA